AUGGACACUAAAGGCUCAUUUUUCUAUGGCUUCCUCUUGCUGCUGCUCAUCCAGCUCCAGUCCAGCAGAGCCAACCCUAUCUACAGCCUCAGCCCUGCCAAAGAACUGGCCAGCAUGGAGGCUCUGCUGGAGAGACUGGAGGAUAAAUUUGCAAUGAUUGAAGCUCUGGAGUCCAAUCCUGACCUGCAAGGACCCAAAACCCAGGAGGAGACCCUGCCAGAGCUCACCAAUGACAGUGAUGACCAGAAGGCUGAACCCAGGCUUGCACCCAACACCCCUCUGCUCUACAGGGAGCCCCUCCUCAAGAGACUGAGGGGGCUGCAGAUGCCCAGGAUGAUGAGAGAUUCUGGCUGUUUUGGGAGGAGGAUUGAUCGGAUCGGCUCCCUCAGUGGGAUGGGCUGCAAUGGUUCCCGGAGAAAUUAG